ACGCGCUACUUUGAAGUGUACUUUGGAAAACACAAACACCACACCGUCCCAUUGCAACCGCUAACCCAAGUGACAUUGAUGCCAUUUUUAUUGCUGGAACAUUACACUAGGCCAGCGCUGAAAGAUGAAAUCCCCAUCAACUUAUAGAGAGGACACUAAUCUUCUUCAGGGCACCUCUAUACCCGACGAGGAGCACACAGGAUCUACCUGGGCUAGUAGUAUGACAUCGUUACUGGUGCUGCAGUUGCUCAUCUUUACUCCAGAGAGCAUGACAAUGACCUUGGAUGUUCAAUUCGCACGCGCCAAGUUUGCCGCCGAGCGCAAUUUCACGUUCCCGGUUGGGGUGAACGCCUGCGCUCUCUCUAACCACAGCAACACAGAACUCCGGGAAAUCCAGUCGCAAACGGCGAUCUUUUCCACCUACGAGAACACCUUACUGUACUUUAUCCCCGUUAUAACUGGACUCCCAUUGGUCAUCCUGUCAGAUUUCACCGGGCGGCGGCCAUUGAUGCUUCUACGAUGCGUGGGUUCCUGUAUUAUGGAGGGAACUUUUUUAUUCACCGCUUACUCUGGGGUGUCUGUCUACUAUGCACUGUUUGGGAGUGCAUUUAGUGGUGCUUGUGGUGGGUUUGUGUUUUUGCACUCCAUCAUCAUGCUUUAUACGACUGAUAUUGUUCCUCUGAGGUACAGGGAGGUUGCCUUAGCUGGCAUUUACGGGAUGCAGUACCUCGUCAUAGGCGUGGCUCCUCUGGUAAUUGAAUUCGUGCUACAGAAAACCUCGUUCACUGUGGUGUAUCUCAUUACCACGUGCUUCAGCAUGGCGUCGUGCCUGUGGAUGUUACCUCCGAAUCUCGUCUGUGAAUCCGCGCUAAAGAAACCCAUCGUCAAAGACGUCGUCAGGGACAGCAUUCUCGGAGUCCGCUCUCUUUUCUCAGACACUGUCACCGAUGGUCGGCGCUGGAGGAUUGUAGUGAUCUUCGGCUGUUACGCUUUAGUUACUUUGAAUAUCUUCGGAUUCCAAAACACGGUGAAUCUUUACGGGCUUGGGGAGCCGUUUUGCUGGUCUCCCGCUCUUGUAGGAAUCUUUGCGGCCGUGUAUCAGGUCCCGAGCUCAAUCGCGUGCCCUAUUAUUGUGUGGCUCCUGGGGCUAUGCUUGUCCGACUACUGGGCAAUUUACCUUAGCAUUAUUUCUGGAACAGCGCAGAUUCUGAUGACGGCACUCGCUACAACAAAUGCAGUUUUGAUAUAUGGAGCUUCCCUUGCAGGUAUUUUCAACAGCGUGUCGCAGCCAGUCUACCUUGCUCUACUCACCAGACUUAUUGAUAGUAAUAAACAUGGAGCUUUGUUUUCACUUUACACGCUGGUGUACACCAUCACAGCUGCUUGCUCCCUCACCAUUCAGAGUUAUGCAUAUGCACAAGCAAUUAAACUGGGGCAAGCUACAGUCGUAUUCUACGUUAUGACGCUACUUGGGGCUUUGGUAGCCAUACCAACAGUAGUGAUGCACGUUUUAAAACCACGUGGAGGCUUUCAACAAGAGCCAAAGACGGAGUAAGACAACGGAAUGUAACCCCAAACAUGGAGAUUUUAACCUAGGCCAAAAUUCAUAAAGCUAUUCAGCAGAAAAUACUGCUUAGCAAAUCCUUUGAUAUUUUAUGAAGACAAAGUAGUGGACAAAAUGACAAAGUGUCACAGCCGGGCCUCGAAAACAUGGAGACUUUCACAUGGGCCCAAUUUGAUAAAGAUGUUGAACAGCCAAUAAAGGAUGAUCUCAAAUAUAUAGAUAUUACAGUUU